AUGUCUCUCUCAGAACGUGCGCCACUGCUCCCUCAGUAUGAGCAGGAUACCGUGUUGCAGCGCGAGUUGCACCAGAAGCUCCACUCGUACCAGAUGUACCGCGCACUCUCCAAAGGUUACAUGCCCAGCACGGAGCAGGUCAUAAUCAAUCUGCGCACCUUUCUCUCCUCGGACGUACUCAACAAAGACAACCCCGAUCUGUCCACCAGCGGACGCCGCCUGAUCAUCGCAACGCGGCAGUGGCUACAGCAGUUCAUGGACUUGCUCCAGCACAAGAACAGCGAGGAUCAGAUACAAGACCUAGUCUGGUUCUUGAGCAAGAGCAGGAUAUCGGUGGAUGUUGACGACCUCACGGCGCGUGCACAGAAGAGCAAGGCCAAGGCCGACACCAAGGCUGCCUACCAGAGCCUACAAACAGUCGGCUCACUCCUGCUCACGAACUCAGACUUCAGGACCUUCCUGGGAGAUCUGAACGUUGUUGGCAGAGAGGUGUUCAAGGACACUGCUUUUGCGGUAUCGAGCGCUGCCGAGGAGGUAGGGAAGAAGGUUGAGCCCUCCGAGGAGGAGAAAAAGACCGUGGCCAAGCCAGGCGCCGAUGAUGGCAAGAAGCCACCGACCAAAGAUGAGCUUGCAAACGAAGUGACAGACUUGAGCAAGGUCGUCGCCAACGGCUCUGCAGACGUUGCACGGACUGCUGCGGAUAGCGUUGAAGACAAGCUCGCCGGAGAUGAAGGCCAGACACUUAUCAAUCGCCUCAAACAGGCUGUGCUCAAGCUGCGAAAGAGGAACGACUACUCUGAGUCUGUCUCCACACUCGCAACGCUCAUCAAGCGCUAUGCUGUGACAUACUCCCGCGCCGCGAGUGAAAUUGCUCAAGUCGCCCAGGAAGAUGUCCAAGAGAACGAAGCCCUAGACCGUGCCAUGCACAACCUUUGGAUCUUUGCCACUUCUUUCGGCGAGAAGGAAGAAUGGAAGAAGUGCGAGGAGCUUUUUAACCAGGUCAUGUCUCACAAGGAGAACGAUCCACAAUUCGAGCAAAUGAUGCAGGACACCGGUGACUCCCUGCAGAAGCUACUCACAGACCCCGACUUCCUCGACAACGCACAGGAGAAAUUCAACGAGCUCCGAGAGAAGAGCAAGAAAGUCGGUACCGAAAGCUCUCUGUCCAAGGAUAUCCAAGCACUCCUUGAGCAGAUUGAGCGCACAUUCCAGAGUGUGCUCAAGGACGAUGACAUCCACAACCUCAUUCAAACCACUCUUCGCAUUUUUGGUAUUCUGUCGCCCUCGAACUCCACCGCGAACCCGGAUCUCCUGCAGGACGCCAUCCACGUUUUCGUUCCGGUUCUUAUCGCUGCCAUCCAAUACAUUCCCAUCCCUCGCCUCGAAAUCAGCACGCCAGAAAUUGAUCUUCUCCUAGAGAACCUGAUUGUGGAGCCCGGUCGUACCAUCAACCACACCUCUUUCCUCCCAUACCGCCUGAAGGUGGAAACUUACAACGACGUCGAAAUCAAGAAGCACAAGUUCGCAACCACGACCGCCAUGACCAACUUGAUGACCAUCAAAAUUGAUGGUCUCUCCGCGAAGGCAGAAGAGAUUGGAUUUUGGCUACGCGCUCACAAGGGUCUGCUUCGCUUGGCAGACGAGGGUAUCGGAAGCUUCAUGCUGGAUGAGCGCGGUGUGGAUAUCCACAUCGAUGUUGAGAUUGGCAAGAAUAGGUUGGAGCAGGUUCUUACCUUGAAGGCCGUCAGAGUGCACAUUCACAAGUUAGACUACAAGCUCAGGAAGAGCAAGCUGAGUUGGGUGGGAUGGUUGUUGAAGCCGCUGCUGAGACCUAUCGUGAGAAAGGUCAUGGAGAAGAAAAUGGCUGCUGGUCUGGCAGACUUCUUUCACGCUGCAAACCGCGAACUUCUUUACGCCCGCGAGCGCCUUCGUGCAACCCGCAUCGCAGAUCCCAACGACAUGCUUACCUUCUUCAAAGCUGUCGCUGCUCGACUCACGCCAGAGGAUGAUCCAGACCUCUACACUCGCGUUGGCGUCGCCCAACCCGGAAAAGGCGUCUUCAAGAACGUCUAUGCUCCUGGCAGCAUCGUCAAGGUCUGGAAUGAGGAGGCUACUCGCGCGGAGGAGCGUGUUGAGGAGUUUGAGGCACAGGGCUGGCGCAAUGACAUCUUCGAUGUUACUGCUGUGAGGGCUUAA